GACCGGGCGCCCACAUGCAGAAGAGGAUGGGCGAGGCGGUGGCCCGUGUGGCCAGGAAGGUGAACGACACGGUGGAGAACAAAACGGAUUCCCUGGAUCUGGCCAACUGCAAGCUGAUGACCUUCCCUGUUGGAAUCUACAAAGCCAUGAGGAGCGUCACUGAGGGGAUCCAUCGCAUGUCCCUGGCAAACAACGAGCUCAAGUCCAUCACCAGCCGAUUUGUCACCACCUUCAGCCAGCUGAGAGAACUCAACCUGGCAGGCAACUACCUGCACCGCCUGCCCGAGGAAAUCACUUCCCUGCUGCACCUCCGGGCCAUCGACCUCUCCCGAAACAGGUUCCGGCGCUUCCCGGAGCCCCUGGCCACUGUCCCCUCCCUGGAGACCAUCGACCUCCACGAGAAUGAGAUUGCAGCCCCGCGCUCUCUUUGCAGAGGUGCCGACGGAGAAGUUGGCGUCCAUGGCAUCGCUGCGGAGCCUCAACCUGCGGGACAACCCCGUCGGCCCCGAGGUGCGGCUGCUCGUCCGGCCCCUCGUCCCCUUCGACCUGCUGCUGUCACCAGAGGACCCCAUCCCUGAAGCCUGACAGGGUCUCGGGGUGCCCGGGCGAGCUGUCCCGAGGGGCGACUGCCCACGAGAGUGGUUUCGCUUAGGUCAGUCCCUGCUGCGCCCCUAUUCCUGUCCCAAACCCGCGGCGAGGCAGCCAGUCCCUCGUUUUACUGUAAUUAAAAGCAAGCAGCGGGGCUCCUCCGUGAGCGGACGGCUCUGCCGGCUCCCGAGCCAGGGAAUCUCCCGCUUGCGUGUUUGGGGGAUGCAGAGGAGCUGCAGUGCGUGCGGUGCGAGGUUUGGGUAAAGCUGGGGGAAGUUGGAUGUUCGGCUACAUCCUUCCUGCCUGGGCGGUGAUGGGGAGCAGCCGGGGUGGUGGGGGACAUCCCCGGGGCCGUAAGGGUUCGCCCUGGAAUCGCUGACAUCCCGGUGUGCCAAGUGCCUGAUUAAACGCUUUCCUGUUACACCAAG